AUUAUGCAGAUGCUUCAGUGCUCUCCUACCUCAGUGGGAUGUGGUUUCGCCCCCCUUGUCUAAAUGUGUAUGUGUUUUAUAUAUUUUUUAUCCCGGGUUGUCUGUGCUCCACAAGACUUUAUAGCCCACUGAGCCAAAGCCUAGACUUUCAGAAGUUCAACAACAACUUCCAUGAAACAAGCUAAAACAUUUCAAUGGGCCAUUGACCUAGCUAGUGACUUAAAAAAAUAUAUUUGGUCUUUAAGUUUUAUAUUAUACACACACAACAUAGGAAAGCCUCUGGUGACAAAAUAGGGUCAGUGGAAUUAGAAUGAUGACCAGGAAUUGUAUAGGAUUCUAAUGGUAACCAUAGCGUUCCAAACUCAUUUCUAUGGCAACACAGCUGUCAAUUUUGUAAACAACAAUUUCAAAUAUAUGUGUUGCCAUGAGACAUCUAACCGUUAGAACAUAUCGGCGUUCUAUUGAACGUUUUCUGUUCGAAAACAAGAACAACUUCAAUUUGCUGUUCAACAACAACAAACUUGACGGAUUUUUGAGACCUGAGAUUGAAACAUCGACUGGAAAAUGCCUGGGUGCUUUUCAAGAUUGACGGAGAGAGUGCGAGGACUUCGGCAGCCUUCUGCGUCGACAGGUUGUUCAAAUUCAUUUAUGGGUUGUUUUUGUUGUCUUUUUCCGUUUUGCAGGGUUCGCGAUCGUCGGGAGGUGGACAGCGACAGCGACUUCGAAGAGGAAUCAACUGUACUGGAUGAGGUCCAGUUGGAUGUGCCACUGCUGCCAGUUAUCCUUCAUGUCCAGGAUGCUGCUAUCAUCCUUGAGGAGGCCACUGGUAAUUGGCAGCUGAUACCGAUUAGGUACAGCCCCCUGUACUGUGGGCCUGUUGUGAUCAGGAACAAUGCCAGUCCGGUGGCUAAAGCCUGGAGAACUUUCCAGUUCAUCAGCCCCAUUAUCACCUACAUGCGUGGGGGAUCCCAGCAGGUGGUGGUGAGGAUGCAUCAUGUGAGUAGGGUUCGAGGCCUGGAGACUCAACUGGUGUGGGCCAUCUCCAAGGAGACAGCCAGGCUUAGUCCAGAGGGCAUCCCCUACUGUGCCACCAAGGUGCAGUCCGUCACUUGGAUCCAGUAUGUGGCUGGCAGGGUGACCCAGUAUGCGUCUCACCUCCGCCACGAGACGUCUGUGGACGUGACGUUUGGCUGCUACCAGCAGCAGACUGAUGUCUCGGUGGUGUACGCCACUCUCCACAUGGGGCUGGAUGGGCUGCUCUCCUCCUCGGCAUGGUCGGAGGCUGCCUCCGUCUCUACGCCCACCAAUCAGCAGUUCACUGAGCCAGAGCCUGAAGGCCACAACUGCUAUGAGGGCUGGGAGGAGGACCUGCUGCCUGAGGAGAGGGAGGUUCCUCUGCUAAACCUCUACCUUACCACCAAGAGAGUGGAGGACAUCGCCCUGAGGCUCGUCUCCCUGCGCCAGGCCUUCACUACACUGCUUGGUUCCACCCUGAGCAGGAACCAUCUGUUUGUGGCAGGAAAGGUCCUAAUGGGCGCACUGGUUCAAGCCCACCACAUGGACGAGGCCGAAUUCAUCCGUGCCUAUAAUGACUUUGUGGACUACCUGAGUGACCCCUCGAAGGAGAUUGACAUUGAGAGGGAGCUGGCUGAGGCAAAGAUCCAUCAUGUUAACCUGAUAGAUGUCCUCUUUGAACUGGUGCUGUUUGGGUUGAUGAUAGCUCAGAAGUCCCUGAUUGUGCACCCUGGUGGGUUCAUGGAGCGUCUGUACGCUCUCCUGUACUCCUUCCUGCCCGCUGCUGCCAGCAUUGAGCCAAAGGCUGAGAGAUACCUGCUGCUGCUCAAUGGCGGGCUGAUGGCUCUGCUUGAUGACAUGUUUGGGCAGCAGCUGGCCUGGUACUUUAACCCAGAAUCUCUGGUCACUGAGCUCUCCAGCCUCCUGGAGUACCACCUGGAGAACCUCAUGGCCAGCAUGUAGUCCUACUGCAGAGAUCUGAAAGGCCACUCUCUCUCUGUCUGUCCAUCUCUCUCUCUCUCUGUCCGUCCAUCUCUCUCUCUCUCUCGCUCUCCAUCCAUAUCUCUCUCUCUGUCCAUCUCUCUUUCUCUCUCUCAGGAUUUGAGGACUUGAAGUGCUUUGUUGAACCUUGAUUAGUUAACACAAAUUAAAUUAAUGUAUUCUCUUGUUUUCUCUCCCCACAGGAUUCUUGUGACACUUUGCCACCUAACAGGGAUCUGGACACUAAUGCACUACAUUACUUUGCACUGAAUUUUACAUUUUUAAAUAAAAUAACUGGUAGU